AAUCAAAUCUUUGCGCCGACGAUUGAUUAAGGAGCAGGGGAGAGGAGGCUUUGCUUUUGCUUGGCUCCUCUUCUUCCUCCCCCCUCCCUCGUCGACAAGCAAAGGCCACCCACCCUCCAACCCCAGCUACCCACCCUCCCAACCUUCUCCCCCCUCCGCAUUUCCCUCCCAGGCCCCAACCCCUCGCGGCCGCCGGAAGGGAUCUGCCUCUCCCCUGCGCGAUUUGAUUUGGGGCCGCCGACGAGGAGGGGAGUUUCUUUUCCUGCUUGCUUGCUUGGUUGGUUGCGCGGUCGGCAUGGGGAUCUCGCACCCGCUGUCCGACGAGUUCUACGGAGGGCCCCGCGGAGGAGGGCUGGGCUUGGGCAGCGCGCUGCUGCUGUCGCCGGACCGGACGCCGCCGCCGCCGCCCGCGUCCUGCUGCUCGCCCGUGGACGGCGGCCAGGAGGACUUCCUCCAGCACGAGGUGUCCCGGAUGGACACGCUCGCCGGCAUCGCCAUCAAGUACGGCGUCCAGAUCUCGGACAUUAAGAGGGCGAAUAGUCUCAUGACUGACAGCCAGAUGUAUGCGCACAAGGCAUUGCUCAUACCUCUAACAGGAAGGCCCAUGCCAUCCUCUGUGAAGCGGAACGGCUCCAGCCUACGAUUGAAAAGAGCGUGGGCUCCGAACAAUCAGCAAAACAGGGACAUUGUGGAUUCACUAGAUUCAGUUAACUCUAGACUGCAGCAGUCAUCGCUUGCAAUGAGCAGCUUGCAGAGCUACUAUGGCCUGAGUUCUCAAAGAGGAGAUGACAUGGAUUUGAGUACGGAAAUGUCCUUGUACAGCAAGGGAAGCUCCCAAGUUACUGGAAGUGAAAUACUCCCAAUUUCUUCUUCUCCGCCUGACAGUACACAAAGCACCGGCAGAAGCAACGGGGCGGCCAAGGAAAAGCAAGACGGCUCCAUACGGCGGCGGCAGAAAGUGGAAGCCGACACCAACGACGACCUCCUGUCGGACUCGAUCAAGAUGAUCAAGAGUUUCCUGCCGAGGCCGGUCUCCAGCAUGCGUCUGAGCACGGACUCAAGCAGCCCGGAUUCCGCCGCGAGGAGCAACGGCGGCUCGUUCCUCGACGGGUUCAAGUCCGCGGUGCGGAGGUCGCCGAGCGCGCCGAGCUUUGCGGACUCGGAGAACGGCGGCGCCGGGGGCUCCAUGUGGUCGAGCUCCAAGUGGACCUUCAACCACGAGUCCUUCACCCGCCCGUUGCUCGACGGCCUGCCCAAGCCCUCGCCCGGCCGCAGGAUGAAAGCUGCUCUGGACUGAGUCUUGGUCUAUGUGCCGGCGCAAUAGUAGCUCUAUUUGUGUGACCGUUCUGCUGCUGCAAGCUCCAUCUGCCAUGGCAUCCAUGUGAGCUGAGUUGGGAGGGAAAUGGAAGAGGAGGCUUGGUUGGACAGGCAUGGUUUUCUGCAACCUCAAUCCUUGCUCCUCAUAGUGACGAUCACAUUGAUGGGAUCACGGAGCCGUCAAAAUGACAUUGUAGUUGCAUCACCCCCCCUGUUUUUCUGAAGUGGCAUCUGCUGCUAAUUCAUCACUCAUCAUGUAUAAUUGUAUAUCGCAAUAUACACAGAGUAAAAUAAAACACCUGUUAACUUGGUUAA